UAACGGGCUCCGCCCAUUAUUUCAGGCCAGAGCGUCCGCGCCAGUGACGGGCCAACAUCUCGGGAAGUUGAUCUGGAAGGCGCUCGCACAACUUUUGGAUCUUCAUCAGGACUUUCUGCAUCAUCUUGGCCGGACUUCCGGCUGCAGCUGUCCCGCCUCACACUCCAGGUCAGCGUCGCAGGGUCCCAGGUGCCAGCGAUCCCCCUCGGAGCCCUCAGACCCGAGCCUCCGCCAUGGACGGGCCGGCCGAGCUGCUCUUCUAUGUGAACGGCCGCAAGGUGAUAGAGAAAAAUGUUGAUCCUGAAACAAUGCUGUUACCAUAUCUGAGAAAGAAGCUCCGACUCACAGGAACUAAGUAUGGCUGUGGAGGGGGAGGCUGUGGUGCCUGCACAGUGAUGAUAUCACGAUAUGACCCCAUUACCAAGAGGAUAAGACAUUACCCAGCCAACGCCUGUCUGAUGCCCAUCUGUUCUGUGUACGGCGCUGCCGUCACCACAGUGGAAGGCAUAGGCAGCACCAGGACCAGGAUUCACCCAGUUCAGGAGAGGAUCGCCAGGUGCCACGGCACGCAGUGUGGCUUCUGCACCCCUGGGAUGGUGAUGUCCAUCUACACGCUGCUGAGGAACCACCCAGAUCCCACCCUGGACCAGUUAACUGAUGCCCUGGGUGGUAACCUGUGCCGUUGCACUGGAUACAGGCCCAUCGUUGAUGCAUGCAAGACUUUCUGUAAUACUUCCGGCUGCUGCCAAAGUAAGGAGAAUGGGGUUUGCUGUCUGAAUCAAGGGAUAAACGGAUUCCCAGAACUUGAGGAAGGAGAUAAGACAAGUUCAAAACUCUUCUCAGAAGAGGAGUUUCUGCCACUGGAUCCAACUCAGGAAUUGAUUUUUCCUCCGGAGCUAAUGAUAAUGGCUGAGAAACAACCACCCAGGACCAGGGUUUUUGCUGGCGAGAGAAUGACGUGGAUUUCCCCAGUGACCCUGAAGGAACUUCUGGAGGCUAAAGCCAAGUACCCCCAGGCCCCUGUCAUCAUGGGGAACACCUCUACGGGGCCCGAAGUGAAAUUUAAAGGCGUCUUUCACCCAGUUAUCAUUUCUCCCGAUAGAAUUGAAGAACUGAAUGUUGUAAACUCUGCUAAUAAUGGGCUCACCGUAGGCGCCGGCCUCAGCCUGGCUCAGGUGAAGGACACCCUGGCUGCUGUGGUCCUGAAGCUCCCCGAGGAGAGGACACAAACAUACCGCGCUCUCCUGAAGCAGCUGGGAACUCUGGCCGGAGCCCAGAUCCGGAACAUGGCUUCUCUAGGGGGCCACAUCGUGAGCAGGCAUGUAGAUUCCGAUCUAAACCCCCUCCUGGCUGUGGGCGGCUGCACCCUCAACUUGCUAUCGAAAGAAGGGGCACGACAGAUUCCUGUAAACGAGCAGUUUCUCAGGAAGUGCCCGAGUGCAGACCUCAAGCCUGAAGAAAUCUUGAUCUCCGUGAACAUCCCCUACUCCAGGAAGUGGGAAUUUGUGUCGGCCUUCCGACAAGCCCAGCGGCAGCAGAACGCGCUCGCAAUAGUCAACUCAGGAAUGAGAGUCUUUUUUGGAGAAGGGGACGGCAUCAUCAGAGAGUUAUCCAUCUCGUAUGGAGGCGUCGGCCCAACCACCAUCUGCGCACAGAAUUCCUGCCAGAAACUCAUUGGAAGGCCCUGGAAUGAAGAGAUGCUAGACGCAGCUUGCAGGCUGGUCCUGGAUGAAGUCUCCCUCCCAGGCUCAGCUCCGGGCGGGAAGGUGGAGUUCAAGAGGACUCUCAUCAUCAGCUUCCUCUUCAAGUUCUACCUGGAAGUGUUGCGGCUUUUAAGGAGGAUGGACCCUCUUCACUAUCCUAGCCUUGUAGACAAGCAUGAGAGUGCUCUAGAAGACUUUCAUCCUAGGCAUUGCCAGAGUGCACUGAAGUACCAGAAGGUAGACCCAAAGCAGCCUCCUCAAGACCCAGUCGGCCAUCCCAUCAUGCACCUGUCUGGUAUUAAGCAUGCCACGGGAGAAGCCAUCUACUGUGAUGACAUGCCUGCCAUGGACGGGGAACUUUUCUUGGCUUUUGUAACAAGUUCAAGAGCUCAUGCUAAGAUUGUGUCCAUUGAUGUGUCAGAAGCCCUCAGCCUGCCAGGCGUGGUGGACGUCCUGGCCGAGGAGCACCUUCAAGGCGUGAACUCCUUCUGCUUUCUGGGCCAACCUGAGAAGCUGCUGGAGUCAGAGAUGGUGUUUUACGUGGGUCAGCUUGUCUGUGCUGUGAUUGCAGAUUCUGAGAUUCAGGCAAGGAGAGCUGCGAAGCGAGUGAAGAUUGUCUACCAAGAUUUGGAGCCAGUGAUCCUGACCAUUGAGGAAGCUAUACAACACAAGUCCUUCUUUGAGCCAGGAAGGAAACUGGAAUAUGGAAAUGUUGAUGAAGCUUUUAAAGUGGUUGAUCACAUUGUUGAAGGUGAAAUACAUUUGGGAGGUCAAGAACAUUUUUAUAUGGAAACCCAAAGCAUGCUUGCUGUUCCCAAAGGGGAAGAUCAAGAAAUGGAUGUCUACGUGUCCACACAACAUCCCAAAGGCAUACAGGACAUCGUUGCUUCGGUCUUGAAGCUGCCGGCGAACAAGGUCAUGUGUCAUGUAAAGCGUGUUGGCGGAGCAUUCGGGGGGAAGGGAUUUAAGACUGGUGUCAUGGCAGCCAUCACCGCAUUUGCAGCAAACAAACAUGGCCGUGCAGUCCGCUGCAUCCUGGAGCGGGGAGAAGACAUGUUAAUAACCGCGGGCCGCCACCCUUACCUUGGGAAGUACAAAGCGGGGUUCAUGAAGGACGGCAGAAUCCUGGCCCUGGACAUGGAGCACUAUGGCAAUGGAGGUGCCUCCCUGGACGAGUCAUUAUUUGUGCUGGAAAUGGGACUCCUGAAGUUGGAUAAUGCUUACAAGUUCCCCAACUUGCGUUGCCGAGGGUGGGUGUGCAGAACCAACCUGCCACCCAACACGGCUUUGCGUGGGUUCGGCUUCCCACAGGCAGGGCUGAUCACCGAAGCCUGUAUCACGGAUGUGGCAGCCAAGUGUGGCUUGUCCCCUGAGAAGGUCCGAACGAUAAACAUGUACAAGGAAAUUGAUCAAACACACUACAAACAAGAGAUUAAUGCCAAGAACCUGAUCCAGUGUUGGAGAGACUGUAUGGCCAUGUCUUCCUACUCCCUGAGGAAAGCAGCUGUGGAAAAAUUCAACUCGGAGAAUUCCUGGAAGAAGAAGGGGCUGGCCAUGGUCCCCGUGAAGUUUCCUAUCGGCCUUGGCUCCCGGGCUGCUGGUCAGGCUGCUGCCCUGGUUCACAUUUAUCUAGAUGGGUCUGUGCUGGUGACUCACGGAGGAAUUGAAAUGGGGCAAGGGGUCCACACGAAAAUGAUUCAGGUGGCCAGUCGUGAGUUAAGGAUGCCACUGUCCAAUGUCCACCUGCGUGGGACAAGCACAGAAACCGUCCCCAAUGCGAACAUCUCCGGGGGCUCCGUGGUGGCGGAUCUCAACGGGCUGGCAGUAAAGGAUGCUUGCCAAACUCUCCUAAAGCGCCUGGAACCCAUCAUCAGCAAGAAUCCUCGAGGCACUUGGAAGGACUGGGCGCAGGCGGCUUUCGACGAAAGCAUCAGCCUCUCGGCCACCGGGUACUUCAGGGGUUACGAGUCAAACAUGAACUGGGAGACAGGCGAAGGCCAUCCCUUCGAAUACUUUGUUUACGGAGUCGCCUGUUCCGAGGUUGAAAUAGACUGCCUGACAGGCGCUCAUAAGAACAUCAGGACAGACAUCGUCAUGGAUGUUGGCUGCAGUAUUAAUCCAGCCCUUGACAUAGGCCAGAUCGAAGGUGCAUUUAUUCAAGGCAUGGGACUCUACACAAUCGAGGAACUGAAUUAUUCUCCUCAGGGUGUCCUGUACACUCGCGGUCCAGACCAAUACAAAAUCCCCACCAUCUGUGACAUCCCCACAGAGUUUCACGUUUCCUUUUUGCCUCCAUCUCAAGACUCAAAUACCCUGUAUUCAUCUAAGGGCCUGGGAGAGUCUGGCAUAUUCCUGGGCUGCUCAGUGUUCUUCGCCAUCCAUGACGCGGUGAGAGCAGCGCGACAGGAGAGAGGCCUGCAUGGACCGUUGAAGCUCAAUAGCCCACUGACCCCAGAGAAGAUUCGAAUGGCCUGUGAAGAUAAGUUCACAAAAAUGAUUCCAAGAGACAAACCUGGAUCCUAUGUUCCUUGGAAUAUACCCAUAUGAUCGAGUACAGAAUUUGGGAGAAAAUCGGUGACUCUUCCAAUAUAGCAAUCUGCCCAGUUUCUAUGCUCUAGGCUGCUCGGUCUGAAAGACAAAGCCCCACCAUUCAGACGUCAUUUCACAGAGUUGCUUUUAUAUGACACCGACUUCAAACAUUCCAUUUAGAUUUUGAUAGAUAUGCUUAAGCAAUUUAGAAAUCAUAUUUUAAAUGGUGUAAACACUAGCUGGCUUCCUCUAAGAUAUUCCCCAUCACUCUGCCCCUUAAGCCUUCCGGCUGAAUGGAAUAGAAGGUAAUGACUUGUAUGUGAUUCAUAUCUGGCUUAUAUGCAACCGAAAUUAUACUGUCUAGUGAAAGGAAGUUUUCUAAAUGAUUUUAUUAGUAGUAUACACUGUAAAGGAUAUUCACUUUUUACUUUAUACGCUUUGUAUGUUUUAGUUUCUAAAAAUAUGCAAUAGUUUUGUCAUUUAAAGCAAAUUAAUAAACAGACCCAUUUAACACCUAGAAACAGCACCUGAAUGCAUUACGUCUCCAUGGUUUAGUUCCAUUUCAUUGACUAAAGGUCUUUGUUGCUGACUGCAGGAAAUUUUAUUCCAGGGGGUCCCCUCAGGGCAGGGAGAAGUGUGCAUUGUGUAAGAAUGAGGUUGAGAUUGAAAUUUCAAAUUGGUUGAAGGGAGGAGGAAACUGGAGUUAGCAGAGGAAGGUGGGGACAUGAGAGGGUCAAGAGCAUAGAGGCAGGAUGUGACUGGAGGAACACACUCAGAGAACAAGCGAAAAUCACCUCCCACCUGGGGGGCUGCCUCAACCAGCUGUCCCUCCUCCCCGGAGAUCUCAGCUAGUCUCUCAGGUGGACACAGCAACAGUGCUUUCUAUAGGACAACUGUCGGCCAAUUGUUAUAGCAUAAUGUGUAGUCUAAGAAGUCAAAUGAAGUUGUUUUCUUUGUGAACGGAAGAAUGGUAAAUGUUCCACAUUGUUAUUUCUACAUUUAUGUAGAGAAAACAACCACAGUAGAAAGUAGGUGUUCAAGUGACCAGUGUGUGAGCUGGGGAUUUGCUCUGAUUGUGAUAAACCCGUAUCAAUUUGUAUUUAUAGUUCUCUGGGGGAAAAGAGAGAGAGAAGAAAGACCGAGAAUGAGAGAGCAGGAGAACGGAUACAGGAGAGAGAAUCUACUCGUGAAAGGUAUUAGGAUUCCUCAUGGAAAGCACUUGGUUAUGUUGAGCCUUCAGACUACAUUCUGUAAUUGCGUUUGUGUUCAUCUAAGUGUUAGGCAUCACCUUCUUAUUAUGAUUUUCUUCAUCUCUCUCUUCUCCCCCAUUCCCUUCCUCCCCUCUGUCUCCUUGAACCACUACCGACACCACACACAAACACACAUGAGUAUAAAACCUUCAGGUUAUUUGCAAAUAAUUAUAAAAUUUUGACCAUCAAGAAUAGAAGGGAAAUCAUACCGGAAAGCUAGGAAUACAUUUCAUAGUUAGUUUACAUUUUUAUAUGUUGCUCCUUUAAGCAGAGAUUCUUAAAUUACUUAACAGAAUGGACAAAAUAAUUUUCUGGUCCUACCUUUGUUUUGAGUUCAUGAAUGGAAUGUGCUCCUGCUUUUCACUGUCCUUGAACCUGCACCUGAAGGGCAACCCUGUAUCAGUGUUUUCAGCUCCACAACCAAGGGGAAGAGUUAGUUAAGAUUGAAACCGAGCCCACGCCCCCACCAGGCUGUGCAAAGAAAUAGAAGCUCCACGUAUAUAAUGUACCCAAGAUCACUCAGCAUUAGAAAGACCCUGCUUUUCAUCUGUCUGCUCCCCAGGUUGCAUUCUUUCCUCUGUGACAUGUGUCCUCUCCCAAGGAGGUAGCGAGUCUUCUAGAAUCCUUUCACCAACAGGAAGAGGGGUGGGUGGUGCCAGUGUGUUCCUGUGGGUGCUGAAAUAAUGCCAUUUACCUACGGCUGUGAACGUCUUGUUUUCUUAACUUUGCAAAUAUGAGUCAAGAACAAAGAACAUGUUUUGCAGGUAGCAGUGAGAAUUAAAACUCUUAUUCAACUGUGUGAACUCACGAUUUUUUAAGUUUAUAACUAUUCAAUAUUUCACAACCUUUUAUGAUUUACCCAAAACCAGUGCUGUAUUAGAAUAUCAAUUCUUGCUGGUUUAUCUUCUGAAACAAAGCCAAACAUUUGUCCUGCUGAAAUAAAACAAAAUACAAUACAGUAUUACAUCAUUUUAUAAUUGCAAAGGGUGAUGUUUGAUCAACUCAGGCAAACAAGAUCAGCAAACAUAUCUUCAAUGACUCUUAGCUAUUCAGAAAGAACGGGCUACAGGAAAACUGCCUUGAUCGAUAGGAUCGUUUCCUCUGCACAAAUCAUUGAGAGGAAUUCAGGCCCUGAAAUAUAUUUACUGUUCUACCUGCAGGAAAACUAUAUCCUUUUGUUUGUUUAGGAAAGCAAAGCAAAUAAUAAACUCUGGAAACUUUGCAAUCUUUCUGGCAUUUGCACAACUUUUUUCUCUGUCACACUUCAUUGCAAAGAUUUUGAUUUAGCUCCUGUGCACAAAGACACGAAAAGGGGACAAUUCAUUUAUCUUGGUUCCUAUAAUAAAAUGAGAAAAGCAAG